CAGAUAUAAACAAUGAGUGACCAUCAUCAUGACGACGACGAGCUUGCACCUACACAAACCACAGGUUACAAGCCAGGAGAGAAGAAGACUCUUGAAGAUUAUCAAACUUUAGAUGCUGGAGAUGAGUCCCUGAACAAGUGGAAGGAAUCUCUCGGUUUAAACAAGUCUACUGGCCAAACUGGUCCUCAUGAUGAUCCCCGCAGAGUUAUUGUUGAAUACAUUGCUCUUGAGGUUGAAGGUCGUACUGAUGUUAUGGUUGAUUUGUCUACUCCCCAGGCCAUUGACCAAGCCAAGAACACACCCUUCACAAUCAAGGAAGGUGUUGAAUAUCGUAUGAAGGUUAAAUUCAGAGUCCAACAUGAUGUUGUCUCUGGCUUAAAGUACUUGCAAGUUGUCAAGAGAAAGGGUAUCAGAGUUGAUAAGACCGAAGAAAUGAUUGGUAGUUAUGGUCCUUCUGCUGAAGCUUAUGAAAAGAAGUUUUUAGCCGAGGAAGCUCCUUCUGGUAUGCUUGCUAGAGGUCACUAUGAUGCCAAGAGUAAAUUUGUUGAUGAUGAUGGUGUUUCUCAUAUGGAAUGGAACUGGUCAUUCGAUAUUAAGAAGGACUGGUAAAAGAUUAAACCUUUUGUCUAUUUCUUUUUUCUUUUUCUUUUUUACUACAAAAUUCAAGUCUUUUUUCAACAAUCAACCCCCCCUUACCCCCUUUCUCUGCUACUUUCUGUUAUUGCUCACAUAAAGUAUCGUAGUUUUUUAAAUUCCCUUUCUUCAUAACCCCCCAUUUUUCCCUCUCCCUCCCCAAAAAUACAAAAAAUAUAUAUUCCAGAAUUGAAAAAUAUAUAAAAAAAAACCUAUAUAAAAACAGGUCGGUCUAUGAAUUACCCGGGGACAAUGAAAAUGUAUCGGGGGCGUUUUCCCCCCAAACGCGAAAAAAGAAA